CUUCGUCUCUGUCUCAGUAGUGCUAGCAGCUCCGUCCCUGGCAUCUCUCCCAGCCGGCUCUGCGCCACGGCAUUCCCGUCCGGCCGCCGCCAACGCGCGCCUCCGGCGAUUGUGUGCCGGUUCACACACGCAGACGCAGACAUGGCUGGUGGGGUUGAAUCUCAGUGGUCCAUACGUGUGUUUGAAAGAUUUGAGCGUUCUGUGGUGCGACUGAACCAUGGAGGUCUUUUUCUUGGCACCGGCUUCGUUGUUUACUGGGACGAGUCCCGGGCGUGCCUCAUAAUAACAUGCCAUCAUGUUGUUUCGCGUGUACCGAUGAGUGAAAUCCUGGAUGCUUACUUCUCUGGGAACACUAUACCAUCUGCUGUGCGCAUAGUUCGUCGCGGCAACGACAUCAAAGACCUUGCUUUGCUUUGGGUCCAACGCAUGUCUAGCCAAGUCACCAGACCUCCCGUUGUUAUGGACUUCUUCCAGCAUCCAGUGGCACCGGGAUGGGACGUUGUUCUGCUUGGCUAUAACGUUUUGCGUAAUAAUUUUAUCCUGGAGCCCUCAACCUGGUCUGGCCGAAUCAUUUCCCCGUCAACCAAUACACAUAUCAAAUACAGUUGCACAAGCACUGGAGGCAUGUCUGGGUCACCUAUUGUCCUGGCAGGAGUAAACAAAGUCGUUGGGGUGCAUUUCAUGAGCAGUGGAUCGACUGGGUAUGCGAUUUGCACCCAAGCUAUAAGAGAAUACUUAGAAGAAUAUUUACACAUGGACAACCUAUCGAUCCAUGAGCUGCUUGCCAUAGCUGCUGAAGCAACAUGAAGCAGUGCAACAGGGUUCGAAUCAAUGAGAAGUUAGCUAGAGAGCAGCUGGAACACUGGAUGUUAGCUUGGGGAUGCAAUAUGAAAGGGGGUUUUGUUUGCAGAGAGCAGCUGGAACACUGGAUGCGAACUUGGGGAUGCAAGAUGAAGGUGAUCGGAGAUGAUCGUGGGUGCAAUUUGCACAGCAGCGUAGUUCUAGACUUCCUAGCUAGUUGUAGUAGUAUGCUUUAUUGUUGAAGACUCUGAAAUGCUUAGUUCCUGAUAGUUCGUUGGCGUGUGCGCAUACAUUUCAGAUGUUGCUGCAGUUUGGACUUUGGAUUAUAUAUGUGGCUAUGUUUCCUUAACAUGUUAGAGCAAACAUGGUUGAACUGCUGUUGACUCGUUUAGCUAUA